AUGCGACUGUACGCGAACCGCGUGAGCGCGAUGCGGUCUACCGCACAAGCUAGCAUGCGCGCGCGGGCUAUGCCUUCGACCCUGCGUACUCUCCACGCAUCGCGUGCCACGACGCACGCGCAGGCCGUCCGCCCCGAGCCUGCGCCCUCGUUCCAGUCGGCUCGCGCACCGUCUGCCAAGUCGCUUGGCUAUGACGAGAGCGAGCUCGACGACUCGUUUGUCGGCAUGACCGGUGGCCAGGUUUUCCACGAGAUGAUGCUGCGCCACGGCGUCGAGACCGUGUUUGGCUACCCCGGCGGUGCGAUUCUGCCCGUUUUCGACGCGAUCUACCAGUCUAAGCACUUUGACUUUGUGCUCCCCCGCCGCGAGGACGGUGCAGGCCACAUGGCCGAGGGUUACGCGCGUGCGAGCGGCAAGCCCGGUGUCGUGCUUGUGACCAGUGGCCCCGGUGCGACGAACGUCAUCACCCCCCUGCAGGACGCCAUGAGCGACGGUGUGCCUUUGAUUGUUUUCUGUGGUCAGGUGGCUACCUCGGCCAUUGGCUCGGACUCGUUCCAGGAGGCGGAUAUCGUCGGUAUCAGCCGCAGCUGCACCAAGUGGAACGUCAUGGUGAAGGACGUUGCCGAGCUGCCUCGCCGCAUCAACGAGGCCUUCAAGAUCGCGAUGAGCGGCCGCCGCGGCCCUGUUUUGGUGGAUCUGCCCAAGGACAUGACUGCGUCUGUGCUCAAGCAGGCCAUCCCCCGCUCGAGCACCGAGCCGGACCGCUCGCUGAUGCCCAGCCGUGAGACGGCGCUGCAGCAGCGCCGCGGUGCGUGGACCAAGGUCGAGACGUUCCUCGCCGACACCGAGGUGCAGCCCGAGAUCGAGGCGGCGGCGCGUCUGAUUGACGUGGCCCAGCGCCCGGUGAUCUACGCCGGCCACGGCCUGCUGUCGAACCCCCAAGGCAGCCGCCUGCUGCGUGAGCUUUCGGAGAAGCACAACAUCCCGGUCACUACCACGCUGCACGGCCUCGGUGCGUUUGACGAGGAGAGCCCCUUGUCGCUGCACAUGCUCGGUAUGCACGGCUCGGCCUACGCGAACCUUGCGAUGCAGAACGCGGACCUGAUCAUUGCCCUCGGUGCGCGUUUCGACGACCGUGUGACUGGCCGUGUCGACCGUUUCGCCCCCGAGGCGCACGCUGCUGCCCAGGAGGGCCGCGGUGGUAUCAUCCACUUUGAGGUGAUGCCCAAGAACAUCAACAAGGUCGUCCAGGCGACGGUCGCCGUCGAGGGCGACGUCUCGUCGAACCUUGAAAAGCUCCUGCCCGCCAUUGCCCAGACGCCCGACCGCGCCCAGUGGCUCGCGGAGCUGCAGGAGUGGAAGGAGCGCUUCCCCUUCACGUACGACGCCUCGAAGCCCGAGCUGGGCGAGCUGAUGAAGCCGCAGGAGGUCGUCGAGGCCCUCGACGAGGCUGUCACGAACUACAAGGAGAACGUCGUGAUCACGGCCGGUGUCGGCCAGCACCAGAUGUGGGCCGCGCAGCACUACCGCUGGCGCCACCCCCGCUCGUGGAUCUCCUCGGGUGGUCUUGGCACGAUGGGCUUUGGUCUGCCGUCGGCGAUCGGUGCCAAGGUCGCGAUGCCAAACAAGAUGGUCGUCGACAUUGACGGCGAUGCUUCCUUUAGCAUGACGGCUAUGGAGCUGGCGACCGCCGCGCAGUACAACAUUGGUGUCAAGGUGCUGCUGCUCAACAACGAGUUCCAGGGUAUGGUGCUGCAGUGGCAGGACCUCUUCUACGAACGUCGCUACUCGCACACCGAGAUGCACAACCCCGACUUUUGCAAGCUCGCCGAGAGCAUGGGCGUCAAGGCGAUCCGCUGCGACUCGCUCGACGACCUGCCUGCGAAGAUGAAGGAGUUUAUCGAGUACGACAACAACAAGCCCAUCCUCUUCGAGGCGCGCGUCGUCAAGUCCGAGCACGUCUUCCCCAUGGUGGCCGCGGGCAAGGCUCUCGAUGAGCAGCUCGUCCACCCGUCGCUGAACGCGCCGAACUCCGCCCCGCGGUUCACCCCGCUGUAG